UUCUUUUUUCUUCACUAAAGUUUAGUGCACUUUUAGGUUUUUAAUCAAACUUGUUGAACUCCAUUUUUUCCCCAUUAGAUUUUUCAGAUCAACCUAUAGUAGUUUUACACAAAUCUUGGGAAUUUGAUAUAUUUUUUUUCUUUAAUAAAGAAUUGAAGUCCAGAGGGACUUAAAGAGGGUAGCUUGAUACUAGUUUAGACAGAUAUUAGAAGUCAAACAUAAUGGAUGCUAGAGACAGAAAGACUAUAAAUCACAAUAACCCAUCUCAAUCUAACCAAGAUUCACCUUCCAUCUUCACUUAUGCACCUUUAAAUUCUUCAAACAUCACAAGAAAUCAAACCCCAGAUCAGCAAAGAAACUAUUACAAUGUAUUUCAAGACCAACAAAUGGAAGCUAAUAGAGAAACAAGGGAAUCAAACCCAUACCCAUUUCCAGAUCCAGAUCCAGUGUCCCAAACACCACCACCACCAUUAGAUACAACUCCAAUUGUUAGAUAUAGAGAAUGCUUAAAAAACCAUGCUGCAAGUAUAGGAACACAUGCUGUAGAUGGUUGUGGUGAGUUCAUGCCUAAUGGUGAAGAAGGCACUCCAGAAAGUUUAAAAUGUGCAGCCUGUGAAUGUCACAGAAGUUUUCACAGAAGAGAAGUUGAUGGUGAGCCACAGCCCACUGCAAUAAUACAUAACCAACAGCAGCCACAGCCAUCUAGAGUUGCUGCUGCAGCUACAAUGCAGCCACCUCACAGCUAUAGAUACAGCCAUGGCCAUAUGCAACCAAUGAUGGUUGCAUUUGGUGGAACUAGUAAUGUGGCACAAACAGAAUCAUCAAGUGAGGAUCUUGACAUGUUUAGAACACACACUGGACAACAGCCAUCAAAGAAAAGAUUUAGGACUAAAUUCUCAGAAGAACAGAAGGAAAAAAUGCAUGAUUUUGCUGAGAAAAUAGGGUGGAGGAUUCAAAAGCAAGAUGAAGAAGAGAUAUUGCAGUUUUGCAAUGAAGUUGGAUUGAAAAGGAAAGUGUUUAAAGUAUGGAUGCAUAACUGCAAACAAGCUUCAAAGAAGAAACAAGAGUAAGAUUUAAUUGAGCUUAAUUAUAGACUUUUAAGAAGUUUAUUUAGUAUCUUCUUUUUUAGAUAGAGAAUAGCUACACUAUAUUUAUUAUUAAGAUCAAUGAAUAUCUUUUGUUCAUGUUA